CAAGACGACGACACGGAGGACGUCAGAGGAUAACAUAUUCGAAGGAACAAAAAGAUGCAACGAGGACAUACAAUGCAACUGUGCUCGUGGAAGCAUACUAGCGAGCUAUUUGCGCUCGUGAUAAUUUUUUUUGUAAAUAUACAAAAUGCACACAAUCAACCUGUGGGAUCAUUCCAUUUACCAUCGUCGUCGGACAAUGACAAUCCAACAAUAGCACCGAAAUUCCUCUCCCGAGGCCAUCUUUACAAAGUGAUUGUUGGUGAGACCAUCGAACUGCCAUGUAAAGUUCAAAAUCUCGGCUCCUUCGUUUUACUAUGGCGAAAAGGAUCGUCUGUCCUUACUGCAGGACAUUUGAAAAUCUCUCGGGACUCUAGAUUUAAAAUUGUCGGAGACUAUAAUCUACAGAUAAAUGGUGUAAAGACUCAAGAUGCCGGCGAUUAUAUUUGCCAAUUGGGAGACCAAGAGAAUCGUGACCAAGUCCAUACAGUUGAGAUUUUAGUACCGCCCACCUUAAGAGCCCUGCCACACAAUGGACAAGUGACAGCACGUAAGGGCAGUACGGUAACAUUGGAAUGCAAAGCAUCUGGGAAUCCGGUGCCAACGAUUUUCUGGUUUAAAAAGGACGUCUUCUCCGGGCCAACACAUCUCUCGGAUAGUUCAACACUAAUCUUGGAGAAUGUCGACCGACAUCAUGCCGGCAUAUAUCAGUGCUCAGCAGAUAACGGUGUCAAGGAAAGGGUCUCCAUGGACAUCCAGCUGACCAUAUUGUCUCCGCCAGAAAUCACAGUGGAAAAGUCCUGGGUGCAUGCAGCGGAAGGAUACGAUAUUGAAUUGGUGUGCAUUGUCCACGGGGAUGUUAAUUCCGAGAUGCUUUGGUAUCAAAAUUCAUUUUUAUUGGAUCCAACUGAUCGUCGGUCAAUGCAUCCACGAGAUGACCGGUACAGUUUGAUUAUAAGGAAUUUCCAACAAUCGGAUUUCGGAAAUUACAGUUGUGUAGCUGAUAAUGCGUUAGGAAGGACGAAAAAAUACAUUGAAGUAUCGGGUAGACCGGGUCCGGCGGAUUUUAUAUCGCCGGCAUUAAGUGGAGCGUUGGAUCAUUAUAAUUUAACGUGGAUAAUUGAAUCGAUACCUAAUUUAGAAGAAAUUAAAUUGCUUUACAGGCGAUUGUUGAUGAACGAAACGUAUCAGCAUCCUGGCAAAUGGCACGAGUUCCACAUCAAGCCGAUACCAAUAAGGACCGAUGGUAGCCAUUUUAUAAUGUCGUAUGUCAUCAAAAAUUUAGAACAUAAUGCCGUGUACGAGACGAUUGUGCAGGCGAAAAAUCGAUAUGGAUGGAAUGAGAUAAGUGACAUCCAUCAAUUUUACACGAAAAACCAUGAUAUGCUGCUAGAUAUCGAUAUGGAAUACAAAAUGGGAAUAUCAGCCUCUGCGGGAAGCCACCUUAGCUGUCAUCGUCUAGUGACUGAAUAUCUGACGGGUCUAAUUGCAUUUUUUAUCAUUGGACUGACAACAUUUUAACAACAACGAUGUCAUCAGUAAAAAAGUUGUCUUGUUGUUAUUUUUUCAUUUGUAUUUAUUUUAUUUUUUUAUUUUAUUUAAAUUUUUUUAUUAUUUAAUUGUAUAAUAUUUAUUUUUUUUUUCUGUUGUGUCAUGUGUUUUAAAAAAUUGAUUUAAUAUAUUUUUCUUGUGGGAGAAAAAAUGUUAUUCUAUAUUCUGGAUAUAGUAUUUUUAUACAUCACAUAAAAGUACAUAAAUAUAUUAUGUAGGUAUAAUAAUAAUUGUAUAACUGAUUUAGCAAUUUUUUUGUUUUUCUGGGAAUAUUUGUUUAAUAUAUUUCAGAAAAUGUGCCUUAAAUUUCUGUAAACUAUGUAAAUCUAUUUUUUGUUGUUGUUUUUGUUUAGGUUUUUUUUAUUUUAUUUAUUUAAUUAUUUGUAACUAAAUUUAUUUAUUAAUUUAUAAUUAUGACAUUUUUUAUUUUUAUAAGUAUCUAUAAACAACAAAAAAUAAGAGAUGUAAAUUAUUAAAUUUUUAAUAUUAAUGAUGGAAUGUGUAAUUAGACAGCCCAACGGACACGUAACUAGAAAAUAAGUUAAACUAAUUUUGUUCUCUUUUCUAAAGUGUGUAAAUAUAAUAUUAUUGUUUUAAAUUAAAUAGAAUCAAACAAAAGAUAAAAGCUAGAAUAAGAAACUAAAUUAAAAUGAGACAAAAAUUAAGGAAAACAAAUUGUAUCCAAAUUGAAGGUCAAGGGAAAGAGUUAGAUUAUAAUUUGAAUGUUAGGCUAUGUUCACACUGAUAUUCGAUUUGAACACUGAUGCCUUCUGGCUGAUGUACAUUUUAUGAAAUUAAAACCUUUUACCUACUUAACACAUGAUUAAGCGAAAUAAGUGGUGGAAUCGGCUAAGGUGAUUGUUGUUAAAUGACAGUACAAAUAAUCGAAUUUGACAGGUGAUAGUCAAAGUGAUACCUAAAAAGCUGUCAAAACAAAAAUGACAAAUACAUAAUGUUUCGUUUCUGAAAAGAGCUA